AUGGAUUGGAUUAUCAGCGAUGAAUUGGGCCUUACCGUUGGCCAUGUUGUCGGCUGGGCAGCGGCCUCGGCCAUGGUCAUUGGCGGCGUUAUACCCUAUGUGCCGCAAUAUAUAGAGAUCAAGAAAACACAAGAUGCCGAUGGCUUCUCACUUUAUGUCUGCCUAGCGCUGCUGGUGGCCAACUCGUUGAGAAUACUCUUCUGGUUCUUCAGCCGCUAUGAGCUUCCAUUGCUGGUGCAGAGUGUGGUCAUGAAUAUCACCAUGUUCCUCAUGAUCCAUCUCUGCGUGAAGGUGAAGCGCAUGAGUUCGAAUACACGCGAGCAUACGCUGCGAGGCGAUGAGCUGCACUUGCCCAAAGUGUUGACGGACACGGAUACGGUGGGCUCGGUGUCCACCACCGCUGGCGUUAUCAAGCGUGCACGUUCCAGACAUUAUUUGAAUGAUUUGGAUUUCAAAUACUUUUGGAAUUGGACAGACUUUCAGUCGUAUCUGGAUAUGAUGCUUAUCGUCUGGGCCGUGGGCGCUGCUAUUACAUAUCUUAUGCUCUCAGUGCAUUGGUUCAUGGAGGCCAUGGGCUUUGUGGCGCUCUUCACAGAGGCCAUGUUGGGUGCGCCACAGUUUUUGCGCAAUUUUAAGAAUAAAUCAACAUAUGGUAUGAGCAUACACAUGGUGAUCAUGUGGACGCUCGGUGAUAUGUUCAAGACUGGUUACUUUAUAGCUAGACAAGCGCCAUCGCAGUUCUGGAUAUGCGGCACGCUGCAGGUCAGCCUGGACAUUGCCAUAUUGCUGCAGGUGUGGAUCUAUCGCAACAAUACAAAGCCACGCGAUAUGCGACGCGGCGAUUAGCAGUUUGCCCCCGA